UACAGGCUUUUAGAGAUACUUCAUUUAAUAACUGUUACUGGUGAGCUGUCAUUGAUAUCGAACGAUCAAGCUAUUUUUUAAAAAUCUGAAACUAACCGGUAGCAGGUGUCUUCAACCACGCUCAAAGAGUCAGCCAUCCAGCCUUGGUCAUUUUUCUAUUCGAUUUGCGGCAAAACCGAAACGUCUGAGCAAUUAGGCUACUGGUUGAUUUGCAUCUUGUAACAACACUAUUUCAUUGCACACAAUGCAGGACACAGCAUCACCAAGACUCAGAUUCAUUACGCGUUUCACGGAUUUCCAAGAAGACCUAUAACGAAAGAGGCCAGCCAUGGAGGACAGGAGACUUCCCCCUACAGUGCCCUUAGUGGUCAAAACUGAGCCAGACACAGAGACCCGUAGGGUGAGAGAGGAGGAACAGCCUACCAUUCCCAUCAGGGUUAAAAAAGAGGACCUCUCUGAAGUGCCCCUCAAAUUGCCCAGAUUCAAGUACGUGGACUUCCCUUCGCUACACCAGUGCAUCCAGCAGCUCACCGUGCCACCCCUGGACAGCUGGCUGGAGGGCUUUCCCCUGGCUCUGGGAAGACCCUCUGGAGGACACACCCCUGUCACUUCCAAAGAGAGGGUUCCCAAGUUUCGGUAUGUAGAUUAUCCCUCUCUGCACCACUGCAUCCAGCAGCUGUCUGUGCCUCCUCUGGAGAGCUGGAGCUCGGGGUUGGCCAGGUCAGGGUGUGGGGUGACAGGGGGACCUGGAUCCACCAACUCUCAGCCCAGCUCUGUGAGGGGGAACCGGACAAUACCGGGAGAUGGUUCAGCAUCGGCCUACAAGCAGGACGAGUAUACUGCUUUCCCCUUUCCUGGUCCUGACUCCGGCUCCAUCCAGUGUGUGACCUCCUCAAACAAGGCAUCCCAUAAGCCUCAGCGGCUUCAGCUGCUCUUGAGCAGUCCACCUGGAUCCAGGCCUGCAUUAAGCUCACAGGGGGAAGAGGUUCGCCAUAACGUGGUGUGUUCAGAUCAGCUGUCUCAAAAGUUCUCUAAUCCCAAAUCUUGGGUUGCUGGAAUGAAGCGUGUCAGAGGAGCGGGACCACUCCAUCAGAGCAAUAGGAAGUCAGCUGGUGAUGAUGAAUGGCAUGCAGACUUUAAAAAAACUCCACAAAGUCAUCAAGAGGCCCAAGUAAAGCUAAGUGACUCUCCUGACCUAGGACAAGGGUUUUGGAGAACCAUCCCAGAGUCUGUCUGCCCCUUUUGCCAAAAGAUGUUUUCAGAUCCAGAGGAAUUGCAGAUCCACCAGAAGAGUCACAGAGAAAAGACUCGGGAGAGGCGAAGAUCGAGAGCCAAGCGUCCUCCGAAACACAACCCAACCAAGCCGCACUGCUUCUUGACACAAUGCCCACUUAACCCUGAAGCCAGCCGCACCAAUGUGUCAGAGGAAACACCGUACAACUGGCGACUGCAUCAGUGUCCACUGCGCCCGACCCGCCACAGGAGUCGCUAGUGCACCGUUCCUGCCGGACAAACCCUCCCCUAACCCAGACGACGUUGGGCCAAUUGUGCGCCGCCCCAUGGGUCUCCCGGUUGUGGCCGGCUGCGACAGAGCCUGGACUCAAACCCAGAAUCUCUAGUGGCACAGCUAGCACUCCACUCGAGAGGCCCAUAACAAAAUGAUUUAUAAUGAUUUAUGGCUAUGAUUAAGAUCUAGGCCUAUAACAUUAAAAGUUGUAAAGUAAACCAGUCCAGACCAUAACUAAAUGUUUUUUAUGUAAACAAUGUGGCAUCACUGUCAUCCCACAUUAAAAAAUACUUACGUUUACUGGAAUACUACAGUACUUACUAUAGCAUUUUGUACUAAACUGUAGAAUACUAUCCUACAAACUGUAGUAUCCCUCGAGCAUGUGUAGUACAUAUAGAAUGUUGUAGCAUACUGUAGAAUACUAUAGUAAAUAUUGUAGUAUACUGUAGAAUACUAUAGUAAAUAGUACAGUAAUGUUUCCAAAAACACUAGUCUGCAAAAACAAAACUUUUUAAACUAAAGUAAAUGCUAGUAAAAUAUUAAAGAAACCCAAGGGGUAUGAAUACUUUUGCAAGGCACUGUACAGGUUAUAGAACAUGUGCUCUUUUAGUAUUUAUCCAGUAGGCUUCCUCAAGGAGAUCGCUUCACCUGCUAUGUCAAAGAUAAAACAAAAAAUACUAUAGUAAAUACUACAGUAAUGUCUGCAAAAACACUACAGUAAAUACGUCAGUAUACUGCAGUAUGUAAAACAUUACAGUAAAUACUACAGUAUACAACACACUGUAAAAAUACUACAUUACUAUAGUAUGCACUACAAUUAUUUUAAUACAGGAUUUAUACUAUAGUUAACUGUAAAUACUACAGUAAAGUCUCCAAAACCACGACAGUGAAUACUAUAGUAUUUAUAUCAUAAUAUACUACAGUAUUUUUUCCAUAUGGGAUGGCUGUCACGCCCUGGUCAAAGUAUUUUGUGUUUAUCUUCAUGUAUUGGGUCAGGCCAGGGUGUGGCAUGGGUUUUUGUAUGUGGUGUGUAUAUAUUGGGAUUGUAGCUAGUG